GCCCCUUCGCCGGGCCCCCGGCAGUUUCCGGCCUGAGAGGAAGCGCUGCUGCGGGGCGGCCGGCGAGAGAGAGCUGAGGCGGAGGAGGGAGCGGCCAUGGCGGUGCCGGCAGGGAGCUCGGCCUUGACGGUGACGGUGACGUACGGUAAUGAAAAACAUAGUCUUCAAGUUGGUUCUCAAGAAGAAGGUAAACAGCCAACUGUACGUGAUAUGGCUCUCUUAAUUGAACAACUAACUGGAGUUCCAUUGUCCUUUCAGAAGCUGAUAUAUAAAGGAAGGUCCCUAAAAGAAAUGGAGCAGCCGUUGUCCACAUAUGGAGUGAAAAAUGGUUGCAAAGUCAUGCUUAUUGGGAAAAGGAAGAGUCCUGAUGAAGAAGCUGAACUGAAGAAAUUAAAAGAUUUAGAACUAUCAGUGGAACAAGCAGCCAAGAAAAUAGAAGAAGUCAAUAAAGAACUUGGAGGUAUUCAGAAAGGUUUUCUGGCAAAGAAUCUUCAAAUUGAAGCACUUCACCAGCUGGACAAACGGAUAAAGGGAACUGCUGAGCAGUUCAUGAAAAUUCUGGAGCAGAUUGAUGCUAUUACUCUUCCCGACAACUACAGUGACUGUAAACAGAAAAAAAAGGGACUAGUGAAAAAGGUUCAGGCUUUCCUCGCACAGUGUGAUACAGUGGAGGGAAGUAUUGGCCAAGAGAUGGAUAAACUACAAUCGAAGAAUAUGGCCCUGGCAGAAUGAGGCAUUUUAAAGUAACUAGAAGAAGUAAUUGCUCUGUGAGCAAGAAGAAAAGAUUGCUCUUCAUUUUGGAGCACUUGUGUAGUGUUCGAAAUUUUAUCUUAAGCAGACUCUGGUAAGGCUGUUGCAUGUCAGCCGUUGCUUGCUUACUGUCAUAUGUUCUGCUUACAGCCCUUGUUUUGAAAGACUCAAUCCUGCAAUUUUACUUGAAUAUAGUCAAGGAUGUCUUUGUGUGAUCAUAAAUGUUACCUAAAUGUUGCUUUCCUUUAUAAAUCAUUAAGAGUAGUAAUUGAUGUUGACAUUGUAAAGUACUUGUACGCCUUCUGAAUCUUACUUUCAGAAGACUUAGAGGAAUGUACUGAAAGCUACUUUUAAUUACUGGCUGAACAUCACUCAGCUCUGAGAAUCAUUAUAUUGCUGUGAUCUUUGUGUAUACAUUCAGUAUUCUUGGGCAGGUAAAGACACAAAAAUGAGGGUAAUUUUUGUAUCCAACUUCCUGUUUUCUUUGAUGGCCAAAAAAAAUCUUCCUGAUAUGUGCCCUGUCUUAAGUAAAAAAGCAGGCCUUUUGGAGUUCAGAACCUGCUUCAGACUUUCUGGGCCCAAUUUGUUCUUCAUCCUUUUCUUUCAUUCAUUCAGCUCCUUCUUUCUUUACACCAAGCACUGUGUGGGAGGGUAAAAAAUAUGUGAUCAAGUUACCCGAUUCAUAUAUUUGGCCUAUAAGAUCCAAGUCAUGUCUACCGAAUGCUGGCAUUAUACUUGGGCUCUGCCAAAUGGUGUAGUGAUUUUUCAUCCAAGUACUAUAUCCUUUCCAAAUUGUUCAUCUGUAUCCGCUCUUGAACAAAACAGCAUACAGCUUGAAGCCAAAUACUAAAUAGCAGGUGAGAGACAUGUAAUACCAAGUUGCUUCUGUAAUCUGUAGUUGAUGAGCACUUUGGUGCCAGGACUAUGUGUAGUAUAUUGCUUCCAUCCAGCACAGUAGCAAGCAAAAAAAGCAUCAAUUGUCAAGAGUCAUUCUACCUUUCAACCUUAAAUCUCAGUGUCACACUGAGAUAUGGUCUGUAACAGCUCACUAUCAUGAGAAUAAAAUGGGCACAAAAGCAAA